AUGGGUCUGGAUGAGAAGAAGCGGCCAGCGGCCCUCAACCUUGCGCCAGUCCGUACCAUGUCCGCCAGCUCAGUUUCCACCACAGACUCGACAUCUACAUCAUCAUCACUAGCAAAGCCCCCAAGGACACCACGAUUCGCCGAGGCAACCGCCGUCCACUCGCCCGUCGAGCCGCAAAGACUUCCCUUCUCCGAGAGGUCGCAAGUUGCCCACGCCCAACCAGGAGAUGUCGGGUUUGGUUACAUUGGGGCGGGAGCAAACAGGGAAUCAGUCGCCAUGCCCAUGACGCCGAGGUCACCGUUGAAGAGCGCAAUGAAGGUUCCCGGAACGCCAGGACGCGCCCUGGCGAACCCGUUGAGCCCCACGUUCUUGGAGGAGCAGGUCCUCGAGUCGAGGGAAAAGGCAACCGAGAAGGACCAGGCAAGGGAUCUGAAAAUCAAGACAAAAGUACGGAUGGCCAAGUUCGCUUUGCGCGGCGUCAACUUCAGCUGUAGUCUCAUCAUCUUGUCCAUGAUCUCGGCCUCGUUCGCAAUCUUCAACGCGACCAAGGCCCUGCCAGCGCUCAGCGGCCUGCCGCCAUGGGCGGCAAACACCAAUGCAUGGCCUCAGAAAGUGGUUCUGGCCUGCGCCUGCGUCUCGUUGCUCAUCUGCAUCGGCGUCUUUGUCGGCUACUGUCGCGGCGGUCACCGCAGGGCCGAGAAAGUCGGCGUCUACUACACGCUGUUCGCCGUCGGCUGGUUCAUCUUCAGCCUGGCCAUGUGGGCAGCGGCCGCCGGCAUCUUGCAGACGUCUCGGGCCAACAGCAACAACCAGGACAUGUGGGGCUGGGCCUGCGUCCAGAACCGGCGCUCCCAGCUCUUCAGCCAGCAGGUCGACUACGCCCUCAUCUGCCGCCUGCAGGACUGGACUUUGAUAUGCAUCAUCAUCGAGCUCGUCGUCGAGGUCAUUAGCAUUUCCCUCUAUAGCAUCGUCUUCUAUCGCUACUGGUCCAAGCGGAAGCUGCACAAGUCGAUGGACAUGCGCGACAAGGCCCGCUCCGACCUUUACCUCGCCCAGCUCCGCACCCAGUCUGCUCCUAACACGCCUGGUUUUGGUCCCAAGUCGCCCGCCUUCUCGCAAUACGCCCUCUCGCCGCGGUUCCCGCCCUCCACCUACAAAUCCCUGGGCGACAUUGACGAGAACGCGUCCCCCUUCACCCCGGGCGGCAAGGGCCUCAUUGUUCCGCAGUCGUCCUUCUCGCCCAAGCUCGACACGAGCUUCAAGCUCCAGGCGCCGCCUCUCAAGGCCAACCCGGCCACGCCGGCCACGCCCAAGGCCGGCUACAAGCCGCCUACCGCGGCCGAUCUGUCGCCCUCGUCGACCACGUCACCUGCCGCCGCCGCCUUCGGGCCCGAGAUCGUCAAUGAUCCUGCGCCCGUCGCCGAGGGCGAGCAGCAGUACGAGGCUGUCCCAAUCCCGGGCGCGUACGCGGGCCAGGCGAUCAAGUCUCCGCCGCCCGUGCAGACUACCUUCAACCUGCCGGGGAGGUAUGCUUGA